UUACGUCACUCCAUAGAAUAUUGGAGAAGGUCGGUUAGGUGGCUCGGUCGGUGUGCGCAGCGCUUAGUUAAAUUUAGUGAUCUCGCGUGUUACGCUAUCAUUCCUGUUAAUCCUUAUCAAAUUUCAUAGUUUCAAAAUGAGUGACACCGAAAAAGAAUUCAAGAAAGAGGUUGAGGUUGGAAGAAUGCAAAAGGCUCAAGAUGUGAAGUUUUAAAUGUUUGAAGCUGAUGGUGUUGAUGCAUGCUAAUGUAUUGGAGACUGAACAGAAGCGAUCAAGAUCUGACCCCACUUCUAGUGUUGUUAUUGGCGAUGGGAUGGUAAAAAUGGGGAAGAGGAAGAGGAAAAAAGAAGUCAGAAAUUCAAACGGAAGAAAGAAGAAAUGAAGGGUUGUUAUGAAGUAAUGAAGUUAAGAUCAGAAGUAUACCUGGGAUUCGAGAGGUCACUCGAGGAGUGCAUCCCCUCGGGGUUCUGCUAAAUCUACUAGCCACUCACCAGCGCGUUCAAAAGAUGGCUCCCACCAUUCGAGGUCCAGAUCUCGUUCUCGUUCAAGAUCAAAAUCUAGGUCUCGGUCUCAUCGCAGUUCGCGCAGGCGCUACUCCCGUUCUCGUUCCCAUUCCCGUCGCCGGCGUUCCAGAAGCCGGUCUCGUAGCUCAGACUACCGCCGGCGACAUAGGAGCCAUAGCCGCUCUCCGAUGUCAAAUCGCCGCAGACAUAUUGGCAACAGGGGGAACCCGGACCCUAGCUGCUGUCUGGGUGUGUUUGGUCUGAGCCUGUACACCACAGAGAGAGACCUGCGCGAAGUUUUCUCCAAGUACGGCCCACUGAGCGAAGUGAACAUAGUUUAUGACCAACAGUCUCGUCGCUCGAGGGGGUUUGCCUUCGUCUAUUUUGAAAAUUCUGAGGAUUCCAAGGAGGCCAAGGAGCAAGCUAAUGGAAUGGAACUUGAUGGGCGCAGGAUCCGGGUGGAUUUUUCCAUUACCAAAAGAGCCCACACGCCAACCCCUGGAAUCUACAUGGGACGUCCCACGUAUGGCGGAGGCGGUGGAGGUGGUGGUGGUUCUCGUCGUGGUUCAAGAGAUUAUGACAGAGGGUAUGACCGGGGCUACGACAGAGGUUAUGAUAGAGGGUAUGAUCGUGACUAUGAUCGAUAUGAUGAUCGGGAGUACCGAUCAUACAGGCGCAGAUCUCCGUCUCCAUACUACAGCAGGGGAUACCGAUCCAGAUCUCGAUCCUAUUCACCACGUCACUACUGAACCUCAGUGGCCAUCGGUGUUACUUCUCAAUGCUUUUUUUCCUUUUUUUCAGUGUUUUGACCAGAUUUUACAUGGAAAGUCAUUUUGGACAUGUUGGUAUAUAAAACAUGCGAAUGUUUUCAUUAAAAUGUUACACAUAGUCGCUCAAUGUCACAAAUUUAUUGUGGGAAAACAGUGGAUCAUGUGAGAACCGGUCAUGGUGUGGAUCAGGUGUGCCCCUUAUCUCCUAAAUAAGUCUUUUUUUCUUAAAGUGGAUAUAAGACAGAUAUUUGUCAGGGAACCUGUUACCAUGUGUAAAAUAAAUUGCUGAAUUUGUUAAACAUUCGCUCUACCGAUUUUCUUUUUAUCUCACGCAUUUUUGUCACUUGUUCUUUUUUUUCCUUUUUUUUUUUUUACGAUAAGUGUCAUGGUCCUAGUUUGUCAUAUUUUAGAUGUUGUUUGUUUUAUUUUUUCUUUGUUUUUGUACACAAGUAAAUAAAGUCAAUAGCUGUCA